UUUUUUUCUGCGUCUCGUCGUUUCGUCUAGAUUUGAGUGAAGCUCUGUUCGAGCAGGGUCGGUCAUAAUGGCAGAAAGCGAGCUCUCCCCCAAGUUCGCUCCUUUCUUCUCCUUCGCGGGAAUUGCAGCAGCUAUGAUCUUUGGAUCGAUGGGAGCAGCUUAUGGGACUGCAAAGUCUGGCAUCGGGAUUGCGGGUGUGGGAACUUUCCGGUCGGAUCUCAUCAUGAAGUCUUUGAUCCCGGUGGUCAUGUCCGGAAUCAUCGCCGUCUACGGCCUGGUAAUAGCCGUCCUUAUUGCGGGUGAUUUGUCGCCACCACCGACGCAGAACACCGACUUGUUUACAGGAUUCAUGCAUUUGGGGGCUGGGUUGUCGGUCGGCCUCGCAGGUCUAGCGGCUGGCUAUACCAUCGGAAUUGUUGGCGAUGCGGGCGUGCGCGCGUACAUGCAACAAUCCCGCGUCUACGUGGGCUUGAUUCUCAUUCUGAUUUUUGGCGAAGUUCUCGGUCUCUACGGCUUGAUUGUCGGUCUGCUCCUGAACUCCAAGUCUUCCAGUUAAACAAGUGCUCUUCGAGCACCCUCGAGUCCUACCUCUCUUUUUGGAUGAAACCACGAUCAUCCCUUUGACCUCUCCCCGACCGGAUCCCCGAGGAUCCCCUCGGCUCACUCGGAUCUGCCACGGCCCUGCUA